AUGAGUCAUUCUAGCGGUAUCUCAGCAUCUAAGGAGUUGAUCAACACAUUUGGUGAUGCCAACCACAACACUGUUCGUUUCGUCAAGGUCUCCAUUGUCAACGAAGAGUUGGUUGCUACCAAGGUAGUCAACGCCACUGGCACCUUUGAGCAAGACUUGGACACUAUCCCAACUUUGUUGGAGAAGGAUCAUCCAUGUUAUAUUCUUGCCAAGACUGACGAGAAGAGCAUUGAGCUCAGUGGAAACCAAUGGGUAUUCAUGUUCUACGUGCCAGACAUUGCAAAGGUCAAGGAGAAGAUGACCUACGCCUCCACCAGAGCCAACCUCAAGAAGGAGUUGGGUUCAUCUCACUUUGUCGAUGAGGUCUAUUCCUCAGCUCAAAAUGACUUCACCAAGAGAGGUUACCAGGCUCAUAGAACUCAUCAGGAGUCAUCGGCUCCAUUGACUUUGGAGGAGCAACAGAAGGCUGAUGAGCGUGAGGGUGGAUUGUUUGUUGGAGGUGGCGGUAUGUACGUGCAUGGCGUCUCUUUCCCAGUUGAGGACCGUGCGAUGUCUGCCAUCAACGACUUCCUCGCCAGCAAAGCCAACUAUGUGCAGUUGGCCAUCAACAUUGCCGACGAGAAGAUCGUCCACUCGACCUCUGGCAACGUCGACGCCGACGACCUCUCAUCCAAGGUGCCAGGCGACGAGCCCCGCUUCCACUUCUUCAGAUACACCCACAACCACGAGGGCGAGCAGCUCGACUCGAUCAUCUUUGUCUUCUCGUGCCCGGACGGAUCGGCCGGCACCAAGAGUGCGCCAGUGCGUCAGAGAAUGCUCUACUCCUCCAGCAAGGCCAACGUCGAGUCGCUGGUCACCAAGCACAGCGUCAAGGUGGACCUCAAGCUCGAGAUCAACAAUGGCACCGAGCUGACCAAGAGCAUCAUCGACAAUGAGCUUCACCCACAAAAGGCUGAGGAGAAGAAGGCAUUCUCCAAGCCAACUCGUCCAGGUGCUGGUGCCCGUAAGCUCAUCAACCCAGAUAUAUUCAACAAUGGAGCGUUUCCAAUCACCGCCAACAUGCAGUUUGGCCAUGUCCCAUCCAUCAUGUAG